AUUAUUGAUUUUCGCUGCUGUAUUAUUCUAUUAUCAUAUGUUGCUAUUUAGAUGUCUUGUUUAUCUUUUACAGAAUGACUUUUAGAAAACAAAUAGAUUAAAAUGUAUGAUAUAUAAGGGCUGUAACGACAGGAUGGCAAGUGAUGAUAUUUACGAUUUGUUAAGUCCCUUGUUGGAUGACUGUAUGGCAUUGUUCCAAAAAGAGGAUUCAAAAACAUCACAUUCGUUCGUUCAAAGUCUGAAAAGUAUUCAUAAUAAUGCGAUACAUAUUCGACCAAUUGCCAUUGGCUUAGUAGGCAAAGUGGCUCACAAAUAUGAUGCUUCGCCACAUAUAAAGGCAAAUGGAUAUCGAAGUUUACUUGCAUUACUCGAUUCACUUUGUCAUCUUAUUGUUGGACAUUUACAAACAAUUUGCAAAGAAAGAAAAAAUGUUUUCUUCCGAGCAAACCAAUACAGUGAUAAAUUACGAGUGCUGGCUCAAAAUCUACAUCAGAUGAGGGCUCUUUUUGGAUAUGCACAAAUUUUGAUAGGUCACAGUGAAGAUGGAUCAUUAUUUGCAACUGAACAAGAAUCAGAUGAUAUCAUGCAUGAUUGUGAAAUCAUGGCCAAAUCUUGCUUCUAUAGCCAUGUUCAAGGAUUUCAGUUUUAUCCUGGAAUCCAACCAAUCAUUCAAGCUCUUUCCAUGUUCACAGCAUCAUACAAUGAUAUCGUUCAGCAUUCGAGUGUCUGGCAGACAACAAAAUCACUGUUUAAUUCUGGUAAAUACGUUGUGAGCCCUAGUGUAAGAGGAAGACAAAUUGAAAAAAUAUACAGUGAAGCUGAGGCACCUUUUUUCAAAGCAUUUUUCUCACUCCCGGAAAUGGGAGUUGGUGUGUUAUUGCCGAAUCUUGUCGGGGACACAGUUCGUGUGAACAGAAUUUUCAAUCUUCCUCCAAAAGUUUUCGAAUUGGAGACAACAGAGGGACAUAUGGUUGAGAUCAACAGAACUUCUUGCAUAGGACAUGGGAGACAUGUAAAAGCUCGUUUAAUAUCAGCUGUGCUAAGGGAAGGACAGGAUUCACCAGAUUCACCUAGCAUACCAGAUAUGGGACUCGAUAAAUCAAAAGUUUUAUUGAAAGCAAAACACAAACCAAGGUCAAAAACAUUGUUGUUUUUCUGUCACGGAGGUGGAUUCAUUGCUCUCACAUCUAAGUCAUAUGAGGUUGUCCUGAGAGAAUGGUCGAAGGAAUUGGAUUGUCCGAUAUUCUCUGUGGAUUAUAGUCUUGCACCUGAUGCUCCAUUUCCCGAGGCUUUUGAGGAAUGUUUCUAUGCUUAUGCAUGGGCUUUAAAAAAUGCAGAGUUGCUAGGUACUACUGCAGAAAAAGUAAUUUUUGCUGGUGAUUCAGCUGGUGGAAACCUUGUGUUGUCUGUUGCAAUGAGAGCUGCUACAUAUGGGAUUAAGAUACCUGAUGCAAUGCUAGUUAUGUAUCCGUCAGCUGUUGUACGAUACUCCGCCUCUCCAUCAAGAUUAUUAGCGGUUAUGGAUCCUCUUUUACCUCAUUGCAUGCUUUGUUCUUGCCUCUGUGCGUAUACUGGAUUCAGAACUGAAAAAGUCGCUUACAACACAACAGAGCACAAACUUUCUCCGACUGAUGGCAAUGUAGACAAUGACGGGGAUCACACAGAAUCAUGUAGUAGUAGUUCUAUACUUUCUUCACGCAAACAAUCAGUAACCGAUAAUUCAGUGAUAACAACCUUCCUGCAAGACGUAGGGGAUGGUUUAGGGCGUUUAGGGGGACCAGCUGAACCAGAAGCUGAAACAUGGUGGGACGAUGAAAUUUUUAUGCACGAAAGCGAGUACAAACCUGAAGCAUCCUCGCAACAACGUCCGUCCAUUACCAACUUUUUUAAAGACAUGGGUCGUAGAUUUAGCACUCUAUUGACACCCGACACCAAAACUGAAAAAGCCGACACGUUUUGGGAUGAUGAAUUUGACAUGGUAUCGAUUGAUAAUCCUGCCGAUGACCUUGACGAUAGUACUGAAUAUACUUUAGGAGAGAAUAGUGUUACUAGUGCUUCAUCUACCAAUAACAAUGGUAUUUUUAUUCGCAAAGGGUCAACAGCUAGCACCUCUGGUGAUCUGGUUGAAGCUCAUUUCAAAAUCAAGCUUGCCAAUAACUUCUCUCCUCUCAAGAGUCGAUAUUUUGGUGAAAGAACGAAAGUGCAUCACACCGCUCUUGUUAAAAAUCCUUACAUAUCUCCCGCACUUGCUCCUGAUGAAAUGCUUCGAAGUCUUCCUUAUUUGGAUAUAGUGGGAUGUGAACUUGACCCUCUGUUUGACGAUUCUGUAACAUUAGCAAGAAGAUUACAUAAAAUAGGACAUCAGCACCAGUUUCAUGUAGUGCGUGGUCUUCCUCAUGGAUUUUUGAGUCUUCAAAUGUGUAGAGAAACAAAAGAAGCUUCAAAAAUGUGUCUUGAGUUAUUGAAGAGUAAAAUUUUAGGAAGUGCCGUAUGAGAUUAUCAAGUUCAAUACUUCAUGUGGAUGCUUACUAAAUGUUGUUGACAACACACAAAACUGCUUUACAAGUCUUCUUGUUUGCGUUUGUUUUUUUCAUUGUACCUCUGUAAACGUAAACCUACAAUAUAAUGGUAAAACUGCAAUUCAUUGCAUGGUUUCUGAACAGAGCCAAGAAAAAUUUCAUACUAUAAUUUAUUUUCGCACUAUUUCGAAAGUUUACUUGUUGUAGAAUCUAUGCUUGCGCUUCUGUAAUCACUUUGUUAAUUGAACUGUGAGAUUUGUCAUUUUUCUAUACUUUUUAAUGCCAUAUUUUCAGAACUAGUGAUGCAGUAUUAUACUAUGUUUAGAAGUGCUAAGUGUGUUGCUUGUCAUGGUGCGAGUUGUGUGUAAAUUCAACCUCAAUUUGACAGGAGUCUCACGAUCAAGACUGGUCGAUAUAAAAUCGGAUGAGAAUAUACUUUUAAUAGCUGACCAGUUCAAAUUAUAUUUCCACAUGCUUUUUGAUAAGUAGUUAUUCAAUUAUCUUCAUUCAAUAUGUUCAGAAUCUCAUCCCAAGUCUACAUGUUUUGAAUAAUACUUUGCUUAUUACAAAUCUUCAAAUCCUUUUCUUUCUCCAUCAUUAGGUAAGUAGGCAAUGGUGGGAUUCAGGGGUUCCUGAAAACCCAUUCUUGUUUUUAGACCUUAGACCACCGCAGCAAACAGGUAACGUGCACCCAUCUCUAAAGUUAUUAUAUUUGGUAUUCAGUGUGUCAUUGAUGUGAAUACAUUUUUUGAAAUAGCCUGUUGUUAGCGAGUUCGAUACAAGAGA